AUGAACCGAAACAGAUACGACACCCAGCUCAAGUCCAUGGCCAAGCUAGCCAGCUACUUCGAUACCUUUGGCCUCCACGAACCAAUAGGCAAAUACAACACUCCCGUUGCCUUUGCCUCAGGCGAUGCCUCCCUCACCAUAUGGGAGCACGUCAAUAGCAACCCCGAGGAAAAGAAGAACUUCAUGCUAGCAAUGGUUGCCAUGGCCAACAAGCACAUCACCAUUGGCAACUACGACUUCAGCUGGGCAGUCGCCAAAGCGGCCGAGAAUCCGGAUCGCCCUCUCGUAGUAGAUGUAGGCGGCGGCCAGGGCCACGCUCUGCAAGAAAUUGUGGAUGCGAACCCAGGUCUAGCCAUGGAGAGAUGCGUGCUGGAGGAUCUGGCGCCUGUGCUGGAGCAGGCCAAGGCGAAUGCCAAGGGGUCGAUUCAACGAGCGCGGUUUGUGGCAUUGGACUUUCACAGUGAGCAGCCAGUCAAGGGGGCUCUGGUGUAUUAUAUUCGGCGGUGUCUGCAUGACUAUGGAGAUGAUGACUGCGUGGAUAUCCUGAAGCAGAUUUCAGACGCGAUGGCGGCAGAUAGUCGUGUUUUGAUCGUGGAGAAUGUGCUUGGUGUGCCGGCGGCCCCGUCAGCGGUUGGAAAUGAUAUUUUUAUGAUGAUGCUGGGUGGGAAGGAGAGGACACUGGAGGGUUUUGAGAGUAUUAUGAUGAGGGCUGGGCUGGUGGUUGAGAAGUUGUGGAGGUUCAAGGGGACGGAGUAUGCUGUUGUUGAGGGACGUAAGGUGUAG